AUGGCGGGUCAGGAAGAAUCGGAGUUGGCCCUUUUGAGAAAACUUGAAGAGGACGAGGUCUUCCGUCCGUUUCUUCGAGCAGAAUUUGACGCAAAGACUCACGCAAAUGACGUUCUGCACCAUGGCAUAGCGAUUUCUCAGCAGUUGGCGAAAUUGAACGAAGGAAUCAACCUGUUAGAUAGGGAACUACAUAGCCAGGUUGUGGCCCGCCAUGAGGACCUGUUAGUGCAGGCGACGGGAAUCGAGUCGUUGGAGGGCGUGUUACAGAUGAUGCAGACCCGCAUCACUAACCUGCAGGCUGCCGUGGACCGGAUACGCACCAAGAUCGCCGACCCCUGUAACAAGAUCACAUCACGGACCGCACAGCUGGCAAGGUUACAGGCUGCGUGUGAUCUGCUGCGGAGGAUAAUCCGGAUCCUGUACCUGAGUCGCAGGCUGCAGACCCAGCUGCAGGGCGGGGCGCGGGAGAUCACCAAGGCUGCCCAGAGCCUGGACGAACUAGACUAUCUUAUGAAGGGGGCAGAUCUCACGGGUAUAGAAGCCAUAGAGCAGGACCGACUAUUUAUAGAGAGAGCCAGGAGAGAUGUGGAGGAGCAGACCAGAACUAUGCUGGAACAGGGCAUGCAGACUCACAACCAGAUGCAGGUGGCCACAGCCCUGCAGGUGUUCCAUAACCUGGGCUGUCUGUGGGAGCGUGUAGACGGGGUGGUGACCCAGCGUAGGGACACCUUACAGACCGAGGUCAGGAGGGCACUGGACAUCACAACCCUGUCUCAACAACCUACUGAACAGGGCAGGAAGACUGGCGGACCUGGUCGAGCAGCCAUGCCAGCCAUGGGGAACACAGCUAUGUUCAGGGCCACCCUGUGGACUAACCUGGAGAAACUCAUGGAUCAUAUCUAUGCAGCCUGCUCACAGGUCCAGCACCUGCAGACGGUUCUGUCCAAGAAGCGCGACCCCGUGACUCACGUCUGCUUCAUGGACGAGCUGCGGAAGGACGGAAAACCUCCCAUCAUGCACUCCUUCUGGAAGGCGAUCACCCACAUCCUGACCCAGGAGUUCGCACAGGUGGCGGACACAUCAACUUUCCUCAAACAGGCCUUCGAAGGAGAGUACCCAAAGCUGUUACGACUGUACAAUGACCUUUGGAAGAGGAUGCAGCAGUAUCGAGCAAACAUGGCCGCUGCAGAGGAUGCACAGGGUGAAGACUUGCUGGGAAUAGUGGAGAGCGCUGAAGAUGACGUCACAGACGAUGGGCAGGAGGCAGCGAAGUUUGACCCGGAACAAGCCCUGCGUACGACGCUGUCACCAUUCGAGCACGCGUACCUUUCUCGCUCGCUGUCACGGCUCUUCGACCCGAUCAACCUCGUCUUCCCUUCCAGCGCCACGAGUACGCCUUCCCACGAGGAGCUUGACGGGAUCAUCAAGGCGAUAUCGAGCGAGCUGAACGUUGCGAGCGUGGACAUCGGGCUCAGCAUCGUGGUCGCCAAAAACGUUGCCAAGACGCUGCAGCUGUACUGCGCGAAAUCGGAACAGCUGCUGUCCAACGAUGAAGACAUCACGAUGAUCACGACUGGCCAGAACCCGAACAUCGCCGUCGUGAACUCGCUCUACCAGCUGCACCAGUCUGUUAGCAAAGUGCUGGCAACGGUCACCACGCUCCCCCCUCCUGCUACACAAACCAUACAAAACGCCCUCAAAGAUAUCGCCGCCCUCAUGAACAGUUCACUAGAACCCAUGCUCAAGUCGAUCUCCAAGUCCAUCGAAGCAAUCAUACUCUCCAUGCAUCACGAAGAUUUUUCCGGGCCAGUCCAAGAUGGCGGCACGCCCGACGCGUCCAGUUCGGGCUUCAUGAGGGAACUGCAGGACUUCAUUGCUCGUGUCGGGACCGACUGCGUGCCCAAAUUCGAGUGCAGAGAGUUUGUCAUGGAAAGCCUCCAGCCAGUCGCGUGCCGUACCGUAGAACUCUUUGUGCGCCACGCUGGACUCGUUCGACCUCUGGGAGAGGGAGGCAAGAUGAGGUUGGCUGCGGAUUUCGCUCAGGUUGAGUCGGCACUUACCCCUUUCUGUCGGCGUAUAUCGGACCUGGGGAAACCGUACCGGCUGCUACGCGCUCUCAGGCCCCUCCUGUUCCAGAGCACGGAUCACGUCGCUUCCAGUUCCGCACUGGGCGAGGUUAUCCCGUACAGCGCUGCCUUGCAUUACCUAUUUUCCCGCGGUCCCCCAGAACUGAAAUCCCCCUACGAGGUAACCAGAUGGACCAUUCCGCAGUACUCGCAAUGGUUGGACGAACAUCCAAGCGAGAAAGAAAGGCUGCACUUCCUCAAAGGAACGUUAGAAGCGUAUGUGCAGGCAGUCAGGGCAAGGCAAGGCAGGGAGUUUGCCCCCAUCUAUCCCAUCAUGCUUCAGAUGCUGCAGAAGGGAGUGGAGGCUGCUGGGUAAUGUUACCCAGAAGGCUUUUGCCUGUAGUACCAUCACAGCAAUCCUGUAGUUUCAUCAUCAUACUUUGUAAUUAUGGGCCUCAUAUAAAGAGUUGCAUUAUAAUAAAAACCAUGCUGUAAAUGGUGAAAGAAAUAUGUCGGUGUUAAGGUUACAUGUACAUUCUUUUGGGGGAAUUUAUUGGUCUUUAAUGUAUAUUUAUGUAUGAUUUCAUAUACAGGUCACAAAAAAUGCUUUAAGACUAAUAGCAACAUUGUAUUGCAUUUCAUGUGGUUAUAGAAAAAACUGUAUGAUAUUCCAGGUGUAAAAUUGGUUCUGUUACAGGUAGGUCAAAGCUAUAGCUGAAUUGCAGUCUGAACAUGUGUUAACUUAACAUGUAUGUGAUACAAUAGAUAAUUUUGAGAGCAAAAUUUUCUUCAUGCACAAUCAGGUGCACACAUUUCAGUGGAGGAGCAUCUGCAUCUACCACCUUAUAAUAGAUUAUCUCAUCAUAUUAAAAGUGACCAAGGUCU